UCGAACCAAAUAGAUUACCUUGAUGGAUUAUUGCGUAAUAAUCCCCCACCAUCUCUUUAUUGCAGACAAGGACGAUGUUCGAAGGCGAGAAGGCGGGCUUGGAGGCCAUUAUAGCCACGGGAACGGUUCCAUGUCCGAGGCCCAACAACAUUUAUGACAACGGUGAUGGCCCGGGGUCUAUCUUCGUUAUGGAACAUCUUGAGCUCAGAAAUCUAGACCAGCACGCUGCAGCGCUGGGUGAAGCUGUCGCAAGUUUGCAUCUGCACAACAGUCGUCUCAUGUUGAGAGAGAAAAAGAAUGAUGGGAGAAUAGGUGGUUCUCAUCACGUGACAUUGGAGGAGAAUGGGGAGGAAGAGGAAACCCAACGAUCUGUCUCUCAGUUUGGAUUCGGCACCACCACCUGCUUGGGAUACUUGGCUCUGGAUAAUACAUGGUCCGAUGAUUGGGUGGAUUUUUUCGUCCGCCAAAGAUUAAAACCUAAAGUGGAUUACAUUGAGCAAAAAUGGGGGGACCGCACGCUGAUUGAACUGUGGCCGCGUCUUGUGCGGCAUAUACCGCGGUUAUUUCGCGGUAUCGACCGUAUCACCCCAGCCUUGCUGCACGGCGACCUACACGGGGGAAACGUUGCCGAAACAGCGACUGGCCCAGUGAUCUACGAUCCCGCUUGUUUCUACGGGCAUCACGAGUUGGAGCUGGCAGCGACCCAAGACUUUGUCGACUUCAACCAAGAAUUCUUUCCAGCCUAUCACAGACUGAUUCCUAGAGCAGAAGGCUUCGACGAGCGGGAAAAACUCUACAAAAUAUUCUGCUAUCUCAAUUACUGGAGUCACUUUGGACCAAAGUACAAAGAUGAGGUGAUAGCGCUAUCCACGGAACUGUUAGCAAAUUGAUUAUAUAUAUAUAUAUAUGUA